GAAACCGUGGAAUUCCUCUAUUCCCUUUGCCAUGACUAUCGCCUCAAUUUCAAUACCCCGCCCAAAACUACCGGAGCUCCCCUCCACCGCCAUCCCCCUCCACCAACGUUUCAUCCCCGCCGCUGGUCACCAACACCAAAAAAACACAAUCAAUUUCAGAAAGCAGGAGCACAACCAGCAGCAAUCUAAAAAAGACCCACUCAGAGGCCGACUAACCUUCAAAAAGCAGUUCACCACUCUUCCUCCGCUACUUUCUCUCGAGAAUAAACGGAGGCUCUCCCUUGAAAACAAGCCGCCGCUGACGGAUAAUCAGGCAAUCGGCACAGUCACCUCGUCGCAAGCCAAUAUGAUGCGCGUGGUCGUGAAUUCGGAUUCGGAGAUUGAGAAUUCUGGAGUGGAACUGCUUUGUGUGGUGAAGGCUGUGUUGAAGAAAAUUAAGAUGCGAGUGUUUGUUGGGGAUAGGGUUUUGGUAGGGGCGAUUGACUGGGUGGGUAGGAGAGGUUGGAUCGAGAAUGUUUUUGAGCGGAAGACUGAGAUUCUCGAUCCUCCUGUGGCGAAUGUCGAUCAUUUGCUCGUGCUUUUUUCACUCGAACAGCCCAAAAUUGAACCGUUUAUGCUUUCUAUGUUUCUCCUUGAGGCUGAAUCUACUGGAAUUCCACUCACUCUUGCUUUGAAUAAAGCAGAGCUCGUUGAUGAAGUGACGAUGGUGGAGUGGAAAUCUCGGCUCGGUGAUUGGGGCUAUGAUCCAAUUAUUUGUAGUGUUGAUACUAAACAAGGAUUGGAUGCGCUGCAACUUAUUCUAAGAGAUAAAACAUCUGUAGUUGCUGGUCCUAGCGGUGUCGGAAAAUCAAGUUUGAUCAAUGCACUACGAGUCAGUACAAGUGUUAUUGGGCCUAAUGGAGAUGAUAAUUGGUUCGAACACAUUGUUGGCAGCAAGUGGUUGGAUGAGCAGCGUGUUGGUGAAGUGUCGACACGGAGUGGAAGAGGAAAGCACACUACUCGACAUGUGUCAUUGCUUCCAUUGCACGAAGGAGGAUAUCUCGCUGACACCCCGGGGUUCAGUCAACCUAGUUUGACCAAAGUAACAAAGAAGUCAUUUGCACAAUAUUUUCCAGAGAUACGGAAAAAGUUAGAGGAAAAUGGACCGUGUGCAUUUAGUGAUUGCUUGCAUCACGGUGAACAAGGGUGCGUUGUGGGAGGGGAUUGGGAAAGGUAUCCCUUCUAUCUUCAACUGCUUGACGAGAUUAAGAUCAGAGAGGAGUCUCAGUUGAGGAAUGUUGGGACUAAAAGAGAGAGUGAUGUGAGGGUCAAGAUUGGAGAAUCGGGUGUGAAGCAAUCUGAACCGAGAUUGGAAGCAAAGAAGCACAGGAGACAAUCUCGCAAGAAAGUUAAUCAGUCUUUACUAGAUGAUUUGGAUGAUGAUGAUGAUGAAAUGUCAGAUAGUGAAAAUUCCUAUGUAUGACGAAACUGUACAUUUCUGAUAGUUGAAGAAAAGAAGUAAUAUGGUGGUGGUGCAUGUUAUAUUGCAUUAUCAUUGUAAAUAUAUAGUAUCCACUGCCCUUGCUCUUUAGGUUAAAGGAAACGAAGAGUGUGAAAUUUUCAACUGUCCAUUUUGUGGCAACAGUCGGCAGGAAUAGAUGAUUAGAUGGUACAUGGAAUCAUGGGCAUACCGGAAUUUUGUUUCGAAUUUUGUUUCGAAUUUUGUUUUCUUCCGUUACGUUCGACUUUUGAUGGUGCUUUGUUGUGCAUAUUCUUCUUUUAUGGAAUGUCUACCAUAGAAAUUUAAUACUGUUA